UCCUAUGUGCCCUUUAGUCAUUGACCAAACGCUGCCUUCCCCAAGUAUCUGUUUCUUCUAUCUAUCUUUCACAAACAUACAUUCCUAUCAGACAUAAUGACCAUUGAAGAGCCUGAGCCAAAUUCUGCUUCAGAUCAUAUCUUGGACUGGCUUGAAGAUUCAGUUUCAUUCCUUCCUUUCUUGGAUGAUCCUUACAAUACCGGGGAGAUCAACGGCUACCAUUGGUGGGAUGAAAGUCAAGACAUAACCCAUGAUCUGAUCAACGCAAGAGUUGCUUCUAUCAAUAGUCCACCUGCCAUUGCUACCGAUAUUAGCACAGCUCCUGCAAAUCCCCCCAUUUCUACUCAUGUUCCUUCUCCAAAUUCAUCCAAGAAACGAAAAGCCUCGGAUUACCCAAUUCCUAAAACAUCACGAAACCAUCAGAAUCAGAAGAUGAAUCAAGGGCGGCGGAUCAACCAGCCAGAAGAUGGAGACGUUGUUGCAGCUCAAGAAGUGGUUCCUCCUCCUAAGAAAUCAGGAGGAAACAAGAAAGGCUCGGGAAAAGCUACAGGGAAUACCUGUAAUAACGGUAACGUCAAAGAGGGAAGAUGGGCAGAGCAGUUGCUCAAUCCUUGUGCAACCGCCAUAACAGCUGGAAAUCCGAAUCGGGUUCAACACCUUAUCUAUGUUCUUCAUGAGCUCGCAUCUUCCACCGGCGAUGCCAACCACAGGCUCGCAGCUCACGGCCUCCGGGCGUUGACCCACCAUUUGUCCUCCUCCUCUGCUUCUUCUUGCUCUGCGUCAGAAGGAUAUGUUAGUUUCACUUCUGCCGAACCACGUUUCUUUCAGAAAUCUUUACUGAAAUUCUACGAGGUUAGCCCCUGGUUCGCCUUCCCAAAUAACAUAGCGAACUCUUCUAUCCUCCAAAUCCUAUCAGAAGAAUCUGACCAAAAGCGAAACCUUCACAUUCUUGAUGUUGGUGUUUCUCAUGGUGUGCAAUGGCCUACUCUGCUCGAGGCCUUGACUCGCCGAUCAGGUGGUCCUCCUCCACUGGUUCGCAUCACUGUAAUUUCCGGCACUGUCAACGACCAGAAAAUGGAAACCCCAUUCUCAAUAGGUCCACCGGGAGAUAAUCUCUCCCCUAGGCUUCUUGGUUUUGCAAAAUCCAUGAACAUCAAUUUACAGAUCAACCGGCUGGACAACCAACCAUUGCAGGUACUGAAUUCCCAAGUCAUCAAUUCCUCGCCGGAUGAGACUUUGAUAGUUUGCGCACAGUUUAGGCUCCACCACCUCAACCACAGUUCGCCGGACGAAAGAACAGAGUUCUUGAAAGCACUGAGAAACAUGGGGCCAAAGGGUGUGAUCCUAAGCGAGAACAAUGCAGAAUGUAGCUGCAACAGUUGUGGGGAUUUUGCCACAGGGUUUUCAAGGAGAGUGGAUUACUUAUGGAAGUUUUUGGACUCGACGAGCUCGGCGUUCAAAGGCCGAGAGAGCGAUGAGAGAAGGCUGAUGGAAGGGGAAGCAGCAAAGGUUCUGACAAACAGGUGUGAGAUGAAUGAAGUGAAAGAGAAAUGGUGUGAGAGAAUGAGAGGAGCAGGGUUUGUGGGAGAGAUUCUUGGGGAAGAUGCCAUUGAUGGAGGUAGAGCUUUGUUGAGGAAGUAUGAUAAUAAUUGGGAGAUGAGAACGGAAGAGAAAGAUGGGUAUGUGGGAUUAUGGUGGAAAGGCCAACCUGUUUCUUUUUGUUCACUGUGGAAGUUGGGUAUCAAAGUUGAUGACUGUUAAAAAACGGUUUAUAGUAGGGAUAUAUGUUUUCUUGCUUUCUCUUAUUCCAAAAUCUAUAAAAACAUGUAUGUUCAGGUUUUGCAUUCUUUUGAUUUUUGCUUUUUAUGCUUGGUUCUGUUUUGAAAGCCCCUUCAUUAGUUACACAGAAAGGAUAGUUUUUGCUACGCUACAUUUACUAUGGCUUUGAUUUCAUAAGCAUGGUUUUGU